AUGAUCGAAUUCACCGCGAUUUUCUCCUAUGCUCAUACAAUAAUUGCGUUUUUCGGAAUGUCUUUUAAUUUGUUCCUAAUUUAUUUGGCAAUUUUCCAAACUCCAAAAGUUAUUAAAUCGUAUUCAACUUUGAUUGUCAAUUUUGCAACAACCGACUUUUUUGCGUGCUUUUUUGAUUUUUUUGUUCAACAAAGAAUUAUUCCCGCCGGUAAGACUUUGGGAUAUAUUUCAAAUGGAGUUUGCAAAUUUAUUUCACCAGAAGCUUGCUAUGUUGGGUAAGUUAUAACAACUUGUUCGCAAGACCCCCGAUGUUUUUCAGAUACAGUUUGAUGCUUCAUUUUCUCUCGCAUUCUCUUUGGUCCCUUCUUCUCUCAUUUUCAUAUCGAUAUUAUAUUUUAUUUCAUCCAUCUCCACAAAGAAUCACAAUUGUUUUGAUACUUUUUCUAGUUUAUUCCCCGUCUCUUCUUCAAUGGAUCUCAUUUCUUUGGGCUCAAGAUGAACCUGCUGAAAUUGUAGAAAUUCUUCAUGCGAAGUUCCCUAAUUAUACUUUGGAAGGACAAGUUGUAACUGGGACCAAAAACAUCUUCUGUUUCAGUGCGUUGUAUACUAUUUUACAUAUGACAUUACCAAUUACUCCAGUUUAUAUCUGUAUUCUGAUUUUGAGAAAUCGAAUUAUUGCUAGAUUAUCUUUCCAAGGAGUGAAUAUGACAAAAAACACGAAGAAUCUACAUACACAAUUGCUCAUGGUAAAUAACAAUAUGCAAAAUUAGGUGAAAUUGAGUUUUUGAAACUUUCAGGCUCUAACAUAUCAAGCGAUAAUCCCAGGUUUCUAUUUGUUCAGUGUUGGUUCUUAUGCUCUCGGUCAAUUUGGAAUCUACAAUCAUCCAGCUCUUGAAUAUUUCACAUUUUCUUCAUUUCUUUUCAUUCCAUUUUUAUCUCCACUUGCUUCUUUUAUUUUUGUAACCCCUUACCGUAAUUUCAUUCUUCGCAAAGUUCAUAAGAAUUCGAUCAUGGAUUUUUCUUCCACGCCACAAAACCCAACUAGUCUCGCCUACAUUGGAUAA